CUAUGCAGUGAGCGAUCGAAGGGCAAAGGCCUAGGGGGGCAUUGGGAUUGUGAUACAUGUAAUAUUUCUAGACUUGACGUGCCCACGGUCAAAUAGUAUCUAUCGAAUCUUUCGUAAGCAAACUGUUUUUCAAUCUGAGCCCUCUUUGCCCCCUUCUACUAAAAGUAGGACAGUCCGAAUGCACUCAGCCAUGUCAUGAUACCACGGGAGGGUGACGCUAGCUGAUUUGUUUUGGCGGUAGUACGUUGUACAUAAAGGAUGGAAUCAGCCGUGUCUUUUGUGAGCGGUUUACUCGCUAACCUGACCCUACAGUCUACCCUGGUUCUCGUCCUGGCCUUCCUGGUGACCUACUGGCUCCUGGGCGCAGGUGAUCGGCAGAAGAACCUUCCACCGGGCCCGAGAGGCCUGCCCCUGCUCGGUAACCUCCUUAGCUUCCGCCCGAGCCACUUGUUAUCCAACCUGGCGGCCUGGCGGCAGCAGUACGGAGAUGUUUUCUGUGUGAGGAUCGCCAACAGGCUGGCUGUCGUGCUCAAUGGGCACAAGGCUAUCCAGGACGCUCUCGUCAAGCAACCGGAAGUAUUUUCCAACCGCCCUCCCCCAAUGUUAGAUUCGGCCAAGGACCAAGGAGUUGCCAUGUCCGAGUACGGGGAGGAUUGGAAGGCGAAACGCCGAAUAGGUCUGACCGCCCUCCGUCAGUUCGGUAUGGGCAAACGUAGUCUGGAGGGGAAAAUCACGGAGGAGGCUCGCAUCCUGUGUGACGUCCUUGCGGAAAAGAACGGCACUGCAACGGACAUGUCGCUUCUAUUGUCAAAUGCGGUUUCUAACGUCAUUUGUGCCAUGUCGUUUGGUGAGAGAUUCGAACACAACGACAUGGAGUUCCAGAGGCUCAUGCGACUGAUGUCAGAGAUGGUCGGGGGUUCUGGGGGGAAUGCCGGAUCUUCUAUUUCUCGGUUUAUUCCUUUGGUACGAAAGUUGCCAUUCUUUAAAAAGGGACUGGAAAGACGAGUAAAAAUGAGCCUCGAGGUCGUUGACUUUAUCAAAUCAAAGAUCAAAGAACACAAAGAGACCUUCGAUCCUGCCGACAUCCGGGACAUUAUCGAUGUGUACUUGAUGGAGACCCAGCAGCAGACCCCGGAUGACGCGGACCGCACCAUUACAGAAAUGGGGAUGAUCAACACAAUGAGAGAUCUGUUCAUGGGCGGAGCAGAAACUACAGCUACGACCUUGAAGUGGGGGCUGUUGUACCUGGCGCGCCAUCUGGAGGUGCAGCGAAAAGUGCAGGACGAGAUCGACCGAGAGUUUGGCGCCAGUCCCCCAACCUUGUCCCAGCGAGGGAAGCUGCCCUACACAGAGGCCACCAUACUGGAAAUCCAACGGAUUCGACCUAUCGCACCGCUUGCUGUACCUCAUACCACCUCCACCGCUACAGUGUUGCACGGCUUCGACAUACCGGCCGACACUUUCGUCAUCCCGAACCUGUGGUCCGCCAUGAUGGAUCCGGCAGUGGCACCUGACCCUGAGACCUUCAACCCGGACAGGUUCCUCGACGAAGAUGGGACCGUUGUUCGUCCCGAGUGGCUCAUUCCCUUUUCGCUAGGGCGGCGUCAGUGCCUCGGUGAGCAACUGGCCAAGAUGGAGCUUUUUCUUUUCUUGACAACCUUGCUGCAGCACUUCACAUUCAAGCUGCCAGACGGCGCCCCUGCACUAUCAAUGGAGGGCUCUUUGGGCAUUGUCCUUGCACCCAAAGCCUACCAGAUUUGCGCCGUUCCCAGAGAUAAUUAGAACACUGUUUUGAUGCGUUUCAACGUAUUAUUGGGUAAUACAUAUACAAGUAAUUUGCUUUUAACUAAAAAAAGGCAAAAUAUGGGCACUCGGUAUAGUGUUGUCAUUAUAAAAAUGACGGGUUGAUCCUGAAAACGGAAAGCGUUGGACAGACACGGCCAAAUACCUUCGCUAAGUAAGCCUCAUUGAUAUUGAUAUGCAAGGAAGACCCUGGCUAUCAUUAUAUGAAUAAGAAUUCAUUUUCUUUCCUUUCCAAAUUGCACAUGUAGCAUUUUUCCUACAUCAUGCAAAUGAUAUCAACAUUUACAUGAUUGUACAUAAUUUAUGCAAAUAUGUGUUUGUGUAUGAUUAAUAUUACUAGUUUCAGUUUGCCUGUAGUUCUUUGCACAUGUCCAUUGCCAUCCCACCCUUUAUGUUAACUAAGGUCGCAUAGCUUCUAAUAAUCCUCUACAUUAUGGGCUACAUUUUUGCAGUGACAAAGUUGGUGAAGCUGAUCUAUAUCACCUAUAUGAUAUUCACCUUUAUCUAAACUUUAUGUGUCACUAGUACGUAAGUGGCAAAAUUUGUCACUGGUGUAUGUUGUACUUUUGUUAUCAAUCAUGUAAAUAGGUAUUUGUUUCCAUUGUGUACGUUACGCAUUGAGUAUGGAGUUCAUGUCAUUUAGCACCACGAAAUAAUGCAAAUCAGCCAAUAAUUUACAUAAUAAACAUACCGUUUUGAUGG